AUGAACUUAAACGAAGAGAUGCAAUCCAAUCCACGAAAGCGCAGAAGACCCGCGCUAUCAUGCGAACAAUGCCGUCGCCGCAAAGUGCGCUGCGACCGAGAAAUGCCGUGUGGGCCCUGCAGCAAUGCCCACCCCUCGCUGGAAUGUUCAUAUGUCUACGAAGGCAAAGCUGUGGUAGAAGCUAGACUUGAAUCUUUUGAGCCGAAUGAGAACGGCUUCUCCUCAUCUCUGCAGAAUUCUCAGAACGCGUCCAAUGGCCAGGCUGCUGGCGAGAGUGCUCGGAUAGCGCAGCUGGAGCGCGGCAUUUUGGCAUUGCAGGGACGCGUGAAGGAUUUGGAGGAAUGUCUGCAGGCAAAGGGUGGAGAUCAGCGAAACACUUCUGUGGAUCACCGGCUCGACGGGAAGAGUGAUCGUAGUGUUCAUUCGGGGGAUCGGCGCUCUGGAGUGUCAGAGCAGCCACAAACAUUUAUUUCACCUAUCGCUCCUCGCCUCAAAAGCGACAAUGGAAGAGUCAAACUGUUUGGGACAACACAUUGGGCAAUCGUGUUUCAGCAGUUUCGAAUGUUGCGCCAUGUGCGUAGCACGGCUGGUUAUGCAAAUGCAGAGCACAAUGACAUCAGCGGAUCGCUUGGAGAAAUUCGCAAAUUGAGACACCACAUUAAGAAUUGUCAAAGUGCACGUUUGUUGGAUCCAGCACCUAAUCUUUUGAAUGACUUGCCGUCACGGGAGGUCUGCAAUGAGCUUGUUCAACACUAUCUACGCACACUCGGACUCAUAUACCGAGUUCUACAUGCUCCAACAUUUUAUCAGGAGUAUGAUGCAUUCUGGGAGAACCCACAAGCAGCAUCCAGGGGCUUUCUUCUGAAGCUUCUGCUGAUUAUCGCGAUUGGAUCCAUUUUUCAUUGCCAGUCAGGGCCAUUGAAUGAGUUAGGUUUACCCAUCCAGCGCUGGGCAUAUGCAGCACAAUGGUGGGUGUCUGGUCCCUUUUCAAAGGAGGUUGGAUGUAUGGAAGGCUUACAGGUGUAUUGUCUUCUCCUCCUCUGCCGCCAGGCCUAUUCAAUGGAUAAGGAAACCAAUUGGAUGUUAGUCGGUACGCUACUACGGUUAGGAGUCAGUCAGGGACUUCAUCGUGAUCCUGUUCAUUUUCCAACGGUGUCGGCGUUUGAUGCUGAAAUGCGACGACGUGUAUGGGCUACCAUUCUUGAACUCAAUAUUCAGCUUUCCAUCGACGUGGCUAUGCCCCCGUUGAUUAACGAGCGCGAUUUUGAUACCAGACCCCCGGCGAAUGUCGAUGAUGACGACAUUGAUCCCACAAUGCCGGUCCUGCCGCCAGUUCAACUCGAAGACCUUUAUACGGACUCUUCACUUCAGAUUGUGCUUUUAAAAUCUUUUUCAAUCCGCCUACAAAUUGCAAAGAUGAUCAAUGAGUGCGGUGAACUGCUUUAUGAGAAAGCACUGCAGUUGGGUAGCAAAUUAACUGCAGCUUGUAAAGAGAUGGAAGCUCUCGUUCAAACCCAUAUAUCACGAGCAAGGUCUAGAGUCCGUCCUACGUCUUUCCACCACAAACUGAUGGAUACCUUGCUGCGCCGUUUUUUGUUAAACCUAUAUCGACCAUUCACAAUCCAAGCCUCAAAGGACCCUCGCUUCUACCUCUCCAGAAAAUUGAGUCUCGACUCAGCUCUUGUCAUGGCCUCGUAUGGCGACCCACCGACAACCUCCCCCGAUGCAGAUCUCCAGCCUUAUCAAGAUUUCCAACGUUUAGCAUUCUCGGGAUGUGGACUUUUCAAAUCACACCUCUCCCUAGACGUUAUAAUAGUCAUUUCACUCGAACUCAUCACACAGCUGGAAGAAGAAUAUACCGUCCAGCCACCAGGGUCGACUCCCAUAGGUCCAAGUGCCGUGGAUAAAAUCGCACAGGCUGCUCGCGUACCGUUAUUUCAGGCGCUAGAAGCUAUCAAAAGUCAACUGUACGAUAGUAUUGCUGCGGGUAUCCCGAGUAUGAAACGAUACUGUCUUUUAUCUGGUGUCCUGGCUCAAUUACAGUCUGCUCCCAUUGGAGAGCCAUAUGGAUGGACUCCUAUUCGUGAAGCUUUUAUGGAUAGCAUGAAUACUUGUCGAACACUACUUGAUCAAUAUAUUACGCAGAAGCGGACCACUGAUGGCGAUAGAAUACAGCAAGGAGCUUUGGAUUCAUCGGCUAUUUGGACGCCUGAGAGUGGCUUUGGCUCGAGCUUGGAUUCGGACUUCGUGUUUCCCGGGCUGGGUCUUGAAGACUUGGAUUUCUGGGAUCUCCCUUCCUUUGUCGAUGCAAGCGCAUUUGAUCCUCCUUUAUCAGGCUAA